UGUCAGUUUAUUACCAACUCUGACAUUAUGUGUUUUAUCAAAGAAACUAUAAAAUUCGCCGUUUUAGCCUUUGGUAUAAUUUUUCUGUUGACAGGUGUGGCACUCGUUUCGAUCGGUGCCAUCUACGAAAUCACGUUCAAAGAGCUGAGUAUCGUUAUUCCAAAAUCGUACGACCAACUCUUCUUCAUUCCUCAUCUGACGGUAGCCGCUGGGGUCCUCAUCACUCUCUCUACGUGUUUUGGAUGUGGAGGUGCCCUCUCCAACAACCGCUAUCUUCUAUUCACAUACGCCGUUCUUCUAAUUUGCGUCUUCUUCUUGCAACUGUCCAUCGGUAUCUUCACGUUCUUGGUAGUCCACGACAAAGAAGACUUAUCUAAGAGCGUCAACACAACAACAACUGAGGUCUUCCAGGCUCAGAAUGAUCCCCGUUUUAUCGAUUUGCUCCAAGCCGAACUUCACUGUUGUGGAACUUACGGACCCACUUUCUGGAACGAAACGAAGAAUCUUCCCUUUCCGCCAAGUUGUUGCACUAGUGACGACUGCAGAGACGUGCACUCACAAGGGUGCCAAACUGCCGUUUUUGUUUUCUUGACAGAGGCGGCACGAGUUGUGGGAAUCGCAGUUUUAGCUUUUUCUGUAGCCGAAGUAGCGGGGGCUAUUCUGACGUUGUACAUGGGAAACUUGGUCAAACACAGAAGUAGGAAAAAAUACACGGAGGUGAUGUUUGAAGAGGAAUAAUGGAGUUAUUGAAGAUUUUUAUGACAAAAAACAAACUACUGAAACAUUUACACAAUGUAUUUUAUGACUGAAACAAUUAAGUGCAGUUACAUCUACCCUCUAUACAAACUCCAAUUAAAGUCGAAUGUUGAAA